AUGAAUACCCCUGCCCGGGACUCGUACCAAAUCGGCUGGAUAUGUGCCUUGCCAAUGGAAGUCGCCGCAGCUAAGCAGAUGCUGGAUGAGAAUUUCGGGAUCCUAGAAGACCAAGACAGUAAAGAUACGAACUCAUACACCUUAGGUCGGGUUGGGAGACAUUUUGUCGUGAUUGCUGGCCAACCCGCCGGACAGUAUGGCACGACUUCAGCCACGACGGUUGCGGUCAACAUGAUGCGAACAUUCUCCCGGUCGUUGCGAAUCGGGUUAAUGGUCGGUAUUGGGGGAGGGAUUCCAUCUGAUAACUGUGAUAUACGACUGGGAGACAUUGUGGUCAGCUAUCCGGAAGGCACUUGUGGCGGGGUGCUUCAAUAUGACAUGGGAAAAGUUGUGACAGAGGGCAAUCUCCAGCGAACCGGCUCUUUAAACAGCCCACCUCGAUCACUAUUAACUGCGGUUGCGAAUAUGAGUGCAUCUGCGUUAGCCGAUGACCCAACCUAUCCAGACUACAUUGAGAAGGCGAUCCAACGAAAUACACGGACACAACGCAACUUUGGUCGACCUAAUGCGUCCACAGACAGGUUAUUCCAGUUUGAACGCGAGCAUCCUACGACCGCACCUACUUGUGAUGCCUGUCUACCGGAAUGGGAAGAAAGCAGAGAUACGCGCGAAGAAGCUUACCCGCAAGUACAUUACGGCAUCAUUGCCUCUGGAAACGCGGUUAUGAAACACGGAGCGACACGAGAACGGCUUCGCCAGGAGACUGGAGCGUUGUGUUUUGAAAUGGAGGCAGCUGGUCUCAUGAUGGAUUUCCCAUGUAUAGUUAUCCGGGGUAUCUGUGACUAUGCCGACUCACAUAAGAACAAGCAAUGGCAAGGAUACGCUGCAUUGGCCGCCGCAUCGUAUGCCAAAGAAUUGCUUAGCUAUGUGCCUGUGGUCCAAGUAUCGCACGAGAGAUUGGUCACAGAGAUCUGCAGCGAAAUCGUCGGCGAAGUCAAGGAAAUCAACAAGGGCAUGGAAAGAUCAUUUCAACAACGAGAAGUCCAUCACCUUGAAAAUAUGCAAAAUGCUUUAACUAAAGAGCAGCAAAGGUGCCAUCAAGCGUUCAAAACCUCCACCUACGAACAAUAUAAGAAUAUCAAUCCAGACCGCGCAGAUGGGACGUGCCGAUGGGUUCUUGAGAACCCUCAAUACCUUGCUUGGCAGAAAAGUAGCCAUAAUGAUCUCUUAUGGAUCUCGGCUGAUCCGGGGUGUGGCAAAUCGGUUCUUGCGAAAUCCCUUGUCGAUAAUGACCUGAAGGCGUCCACUCUGGUUUCGGUGUGCUACUUUUUCUUCAAAGACAAUGUUGAGCAAAAUAAUCUUGCAACAGCACUGUGCGCUGUACUCCAUCAACUAUUUGGAAUGCAACCGAAUCUCCUACGACACGCCUUGCCGUCUUGGCAAACAAACGGUACGAAGUUGCAGAAAGAGGUGGACGAACUGUGGCGCAUUCUCGUCGCAUCAAUAUCCGACCCCACAUAUUCUAGCACCGUUUGCAUUUUCGACGCAUUGGAUGAAUGUCGACCAAGCGAUCGAACUCAAUUAAUAAGGAAGCUAGAAACGUUUUAUACCCAAGGUCAUUCCGCAGUCAGGCAGAGCUGGCUAAAGUUCCUCGUUACUAGUCGUCCAUAUGGCGAGAUACAGGAAGGUUUCCGUCCAGCCACACGAUUGUUCCCCCAUAUCCACAUACGUGGCGAGGAAGAGAACAACUUGAUUCAUGAAGAGAUCAGUCUAGUCGUGAAGAUACGGGUAGCGGAGUUUGGUGAAAGUCUACAGCUAGCACCCGAGAUACAGCAACGUUUAGAGCAUCAACUUAUCCAGAUGGAACAUCGUACAUACCUGUGGCUGUAUUUGGCCAUGGACGAUAUCCGAACCACGUUUCGAAAUAGCCUUCAGCCCGAGGAAGAAUCGAUUCAAUUGAUUCCUGGCUCGGUUAGUGCUGCAUAUGCGAAGAUAUUGAAUCGAGUGCCACCUAACAAAGCGUCGGAUGUAAGAUUAAUCCUCCAGAUCAUAAUCUGCGCGAGACGUCCUUUAACGAUCGAGGAAAUGGCAAUAGCGCUAGGGAUUGCCCGAAGAACUCAUUUUCGAACGGCAGCCAAAACUCAGCUGAAUCCAGACGGUUUGGAUUUAAAGAUCCGUCAAUUAUGCGGACUCUUUGUUUUCGUAAACAACUCACGGGUGUACUUGAUACAUCAGACAGCGAGAGAGUUUCUGAUGAACAGAAGUUAUUACCAUGAAUGGUCAGUUGACCUGAAUGAAGCUGAGGAACUGAUGUCAGAGGUCUGCGCCAGGUAUUUGUUAUUUGACGCUGUUAAUGAAGCGAACAUGGGUGUAAGCCCGUCCCAGAUCACAGUAAAAACGUCAAAUUUCAUGUGGUACGCCGCAAAGUAUUGGCCAGAUCAUGUCCGAGAGAUAUCACCUCAAACAGACUCUCAACUAGACACUUGUUUAGAUCAACUCUAUGAUAUCCCUAACCCAAGCUUUGCUCUAUGGUAUCCCAUAUUCUGGGGAGCGAUGGGACCGUAUCUACCUCGCACACAGAUGGACAGCAUCCAUCUUGCUGCCUUCAACGGACACAAGAAUAUGGUUCAGAAAUUGAUUAGAGGGAAUAAGAGCCGGAUCAAUCAAGCGGAUGAGGCUGGGAUGAGUGCGUUGCACUGGGCAUCUAGCAGAGGACACCACGAAAUUGUGGAGAUCUUAUUAGAUAAGGGAGCUGAUGUCAAUUUUCAGGGUGGGAUAUAUGGUACCGCUCUUUGUGCCGCUUCCUCACGAGGACAUACUAGCAUCGUGCAAAUCUUAUUAGAUAAGGGAGCCGAUGUUAACGCAAAAGGUGGAAAAGGUAGGUCAUUUGACAAUGCUCUUUACGCCGCUUGUGAAGUGGGAUGUGACAAGAUUGUGCAGAUCUUGCUAGGCAGGGGAGCUAAGGUCAAUGUUCCAGGAGGAUUUCAUGGCUAUGCUCUUCAUGCUGCUUGUGACCGUGGACAUAUCAAGAUUGUGCAAGUCUUAUUAGACCAGGGAGCUGAAGUUAAUGCUCAGGGCGGUUGUAUGAACACUGCUCUACAAGCUGCUUGUCAAGGCGGACAUAUCAAGAUUGUGCAAGCCUUAUUAGACCAGGGAGCCGAAGUCAACACUCAAGGCGGACAAUACGGCAACGCUCUUGCGGCCGCUUCCUACACAGGACACGCUCAAAUUGCGCAGAUCCUGUUAGAUCAAGGAGCCAAUGUCAAUGCUCAGGGUGGGCAUUUUGGCAGCGCUCUCUGUGCAGCUGCUAGUAAAGGGCAUCUCGAGAUUGUCCAAAUUUUAUUGGAUAAUGAAGCCGAGGUUAACGACGAGAGUGAAGUCGGUGGAGAUCCGAGCAAUGCUCUACAUGAAGCUUGUAGAGGAGGACAUAUGGAGGUUGUGCAAAUGUUAUUAGACAUGGGAGCGGAAGUCAAAACUCAAGGGGGGCGAUACGGCAACGCUCUGCAAGCUGCUUCUCGGCGAGGAUGCAUCGAUGCUGUUCAAAUACUGCUAGACAAGGGAGCCGAAGUCAAUGCUCAGGGUGGACGGUAUGGGAAUGCUCUUCAGGCAGCUUCUGAAGGAGGCCAUCUCAAUGCUUUGCGGAUGCUCCUUGACAAGGGAGCUGAAGUCUAUACUCAAGGUGGACUACAUGGCAAUGCGCUUCAAGCCGCUUCUGAACGAGGGCAUGUCAAGAUCACGCAAGUCCUAUUGGACAAGGGAGAAGAAGCUAACACUCCAACUGGAGAAUGUGGCGUUGCUUUUCAGGCAGCUUCAGAUGGAAGGCCAGGCAAAAGGAUGAGGCUCAAUAGGAAUAAUCCAGCCCCCGUUUUCAACCUCAGCAACCUGGAUUAG